GGGGUCGUACUUCCGUUUGAAAAUGGCGCCACCCAUACCUCAUUUAGCUGUCCAAGGAUCAGAUGGAACUUUGCUGUUGUGUGGACCUCCGAGCUGUCAAGAAAGCUCUGCAUUUCAGAGAGAUGAUCGGCAAGGCAAACACAUGAGAUUCAGCAGGGAUGGAUCUUUGUUCGGGUGGUGCAACGGCUCACAGGUCAGUGUGGUCAAAGUUCCCAGUGGAGACUUGGUGAAGUCUUUUGAUCUUCCCAAAACAUCUUUGCUGGAAUUCUCACCUCUGAACAAACUUUUGGCUACCUGGCAGCAUUAUACCAAAACGCAGGAUAAUCCUCAGGGAGAGCCAAACCUGCAGUUUUAGGACUUGCAAACAGGUGCCUGUAUCAAAGCGUUCUAUCAGAAGAAGAUUACAGGAUGGUGUCCAAGCUGGGCAGAUGAUGAAAGUAUUGCUGUUAGAAAUGUCAAUAAUGAACUUCAUUUCUUUGAGAACAACAACUUUGAAACAAUUGCUAAUAAGCUACACCUUCAGAAAGUGUCUGAGUUUGCUCUAUCUCCUGGAUCCCACCCGAGCAAGGUUGCUGUCUAUGUUCCUGGAAGCAAAGGUGCUCCAUCUUUUGUACGACUGUAUCAGUAUCCCAAUUUCGGUGGUCCAACAUGUGCUCUGGCCAACAAAAGCUUUUUCAAAGAUGAUAAAGUGGCCAUGCUAUGGAACAAUAAAGCCACCGCAGUUCUAGUGACCGCCAGCACUGAGGUUGAUAAAACGGGAGCCUCUUAUUAUGGAGAACAGACGUUACACUAUCUUGCCACCAAUGGAGAGAGUGCAGUUGUUCAGUUACCAAAAAACGGCCCAAUAUAUGAUGUCUCCUGGAACCCCAACUCAACGGAGUUUUGUGUGGUUUACGGUUUUAUGCCCGCCAAGGCUACGAUCUUCAACCACAAGUGUGAGUCUGUGUUUGACUUUGGCACAGGCCCCCGUAAUGCUGCUUUCUACAGUCCACAGGGCCACAUCCUUGUUCUCGCAGGCUUUGGGAACCUACGAGGACAGAUGGAGGUUUGGGAUGUUAAGAAAUACAAACAAGUUUCUAAACCCCAGGCUGAAGAUACCACACAUUUCUCCUGGUGCCCUGAUGGAGAGCACAUAGUCACAGCGACAUGCUCGCCCAGACUCCGAGUCAAUAAUGGCUAUAAGAUCUGGCACUACACCGGGACUGUGUUGUACAAACAUGAAACACCAUCAAAUAAAGAGCUCUGGCAAGUAUUAUGGCAGCCCUUUCCAAGUGAAACAUUUCCAGAAAAGGUGGUGAAAUACCAGACGGUUCCGAGUGAGCUUGGCACCACUGAAGCCAAACCUGCGCAGGUGUAUCGCCCACCUGCCCUCCGUAAUAAACCCCAGGCAGCCAGCUCCAAACUACAUGAAGAGGAGCUACCACAGAACAUGAAGCCUGGCGCUGCGGGAGAGAAGCAAAUGUCUAAAUCUGCUUUGAAAAACCAGAAAAGGAGAGAGGCAAAGAAAGCAGCUAAACAGGAAAACAGGUCUGAUGAAGCUCUGCCUCCAGUAGCAGAUUCCACCCCUUCCGCUCCUGCUCAUGUGACUUCUACCCAAGGAGACCCUGAAACUGACAAAAAGAUCAAGAACUUAAAAAAGAAAAUCAAAGCAAUUGAUGAAUUGAAGGAACAGCAGGCAGCUGGUAAAGUUAUGCAGAAAAAUCAGCUUGAGAAGAUCCAAAAGGAGGCCCAGCUGUUGAAGGAGCUCGAAGACCUUGAAUUAGGACUGUAAACACAUUUUACCAGUGCAUCAAAUUGGUCAUCAGUUUUCAAACCAUGCUUUGUCAUACUGUUAAUAAUCUGUAUGCCAGAGAUUAUUCAUGCUCAACAAAUAAAAGCCUGUUUUGCCGCUUUGAACAUGUUUAAAAUAAUAAGGACCUCUUUCUUAAAGCAAUGUUGCUAUGCAAUGUCAUGUACAGCACAGGAGAACAUGGGUGACGUCAUGAAAUUUAAAAUAAAAAAUG